AUGUUGGGGCUCGUCCCUUCUGAGUCCGAUGCGGCUACUUCGAUUUCACCACAGACGGGCCUGCACCGCCACGACGAUGAUUUGAUCAACUAUGACAGCGACGACGCGACCCUAGCAGUUCCCGUCUCGAGACACGCUUCACAACAUGAUGGCACACGCGUACUUGAGUUUGAGGAAUUCGCCAUAGGGACCGUCCCCCCACUGCAGGCCUCUUCCAAUCUCACGCAAUCAAGCAGCGCUGUUGGCUCGGUGCCGCUAGAGUCUGGCGGCACAGCAACUAACACAACGGAUUAUGAUCAUUCAAUCGAGCCUUCUAAUGCACCAGAGAGCGCCCCUAGUAUUCACGGUCCGGAUGAAAAUGAGGAGGAAAUACCUGAUCACGGAGACGAAAUUGCUGCGGAUGAGACUGCACAUGUCAUGGACUCGAUUCACGAGAUAGACUACGAGCAUGAUGAUAUCGACUAUGCAGUACCGAGCGAAAGUCAACAGAAUACCGUAUCGGCUUCUACACUCUCCAAGGCUCCGAAUUCUCCUGCCCAGGCCACCGAUUCCGCUGCUGAAGAGCUGCACGACCAUGCCAGCCAUUUCGAGAUCGAUUGGGACGAGGAUGAGCCACCCAGAGACAGCCUUGAAGAACAGACUGAAACUCAUGAUGCCUCCAAACAGUUUACUGUGGCUGCUCAUGAUACAGCGUCGUCAAAUGACCAAGGGACCCCAGGGUCAGGCAGGGGAGAGCUUGGCUCUGUUGAUGGUCCAAGUGUACAAGGGGCGCUCGCUGUCCAAGAUACCUCAUAUCCCGAAGGGAUUCCUGAGAUAUUCGUUCAGUACCAAGGAGAACAGUGUCCGUUCUUCUCUCAAUCGGCCGAUGGUUUCUUUGCAGAUGCCCAUAUCCUGAAGGAGCCAAUGGCUGUCGUCCUGGCUGAACUUCGCGAGAUGCUUGAAUCGGAGAUUGACGAGCAAGAUGAACUAGUGUUCCAAGUCGAUAAGCUCGGCCUCGAGUUCUGCGAGGCACGCACCCCUUCAUCUCCCCACGACUCCCUGGCAACAAUCACCUUGUCACAAAUUCUCGAUGUGUUCGAAAUUCUCACAAAAAAUGAAGACCCUGAGAGUUCCCGUCGUCUCUCUGCGUAUCUGUUCACUAGGCCAAACACCAUGAAGCGGUUCGAGUUUCUGAUGGAGGGCGCAACCGUGGGCAACACCAAACUUGAAGAUGUCGCCUACUACUUCGAGCCUCCCGGAGAUGGCAGUCCUCCAAUGGAGUUCGACGUGGAUGAGAUAUAUGGAGAAGAAAUCGAUCAUUUCGAAGCUCUUGGCGAAGCCGAUGAACCGGACGCAAAGAAUGAGUUCGUUGGUGGCAGCGACGUUCAGGACCGUGACGUCGGGACUGCUAAUGACAAUGCGGCUGAUCUUUAUGGCGACGAUGGCGUAGACUACAGCAUUGGUGAGGACAAAAUUGUAAACGAUGAAGGGAAUGCCGACAUUUCGUCUUUGGAACCGGCCGCUGUAGGCCAGGGCGAAUCCAUCUGCGAAACUGGCCCGGCGAAAACCGCCCCUCAGCACGAUGCUGGAUUUGAUCCGAAUAACACUGUUUCUCAAGCUUUUGCCGAUCACGACGACGACCUCAUUGACUAUUCAGACGAUAAGAUCGCUGAUUUGACUGAGACGCGCCAUGAUCAGAGGGCUGAGGGGGUCCCGGACACUACUACAACCAGCCUCCAAGUUGAUGGCCCUUCCCAACAGGAUGAUGAUCUCGUCAGCUACGCGGAUGAUAAAAUUUCGGUGUCCGGCGCGACUUCCCAUGGUGUCGGAAGAACCAGUAGUGCUGGUAACAAAUCGUCUUCUCCGGGAGAGAAUGGUGCUGGCAUUAACUGCGGUGACGAAAAAAUGGAAAUCUCCGGCGAUGUGGCCAGUAUUGGCGGCGACGAUGCAAAGCAGCUACAAGUUGAAGAAAUAGCGAUCAAAAACGUUGAGGAACCGAGUCAACACGGCUUUGAGGAGACCGAUUUGGAGGUCACAUCGUAUCACGGCAAAGAAGUAGUUGACGGAAGCAGCCUCGAUCAGUUCAAUCAACCUUUGGAAAUCAUGAUGACCAGUCAUGACGCUGCCAGCAACGCUGUGGUCGACGCUCUGCCAUUGGGUCCUGUCGAAAGUUUAUCCUCUGGCUACCGCUCUGGCGAAAAGGUUACCACCGAGUUGGAUGUCAGCGUUGCAGACGAAAGUACUCGAGUUGAACAUAUUCGCAACCCUUCGGACAUGAGCAUUGCCUUUACUGCCGCAGGGGAUGAGAGUGUGAGAGCGGCUGGCGCCAAUAGCGGCAGCGGUACCUCGGCAGAACUCGAGGUUGAUCCGCAGGCGGAGUCCGCACACGCGGAAGGUAUGCCAUCGCUAGAAACCGAAAGCCACAUCGCUGUUGCCACGAUCACUCCUGAUUUGAACACGGCGAUGGCCGCAGUCGUGAAGGACGACGAGCUAGGCGCCAUGAUGGGCACAAACCUGCCAGGAAACAUAGACGAACUGUCAGAGAUUGACUGGCAAGAUGAUGAUGCAGUCGAUGUUGUCACCGACAUGGCUGAGGUGCUACCCAGCGCCACCAAAAGGGGCUGUCCAGGUGUCGACGAAGAUGAUAGGAAUGACGUCAAGCGUCGUCGAUCCUAG